AUGACGGAGAUAAGCAGCGUCAAGUUGGAAGAGGAAGACAUGAGAGGAGGAGGAGGAGGAGGAGGAGGAGGAGGAACAGAAGGAACUGGAAAGGGAAAAUAUACCAUGAGAAGAGUGAACCGCAACCAAACAAUCAUAGAAACUGUGACGACGAAUUCAACGGUGAAAGAAAGCAGCAUCGUCAGUAUCGUCUACAAGAACGACAAACCCGUCAACUGCUCGCAGAAAAUCAGUACCAACAACGAUGUAACAGUCGACGACGCCGUCAAAGUGUUCUCUAACUCUACAAUAGAAAAGCUGAAUCAUCCCAAGUGA